AUGACCUCCGGCUAUGGGCAGGUAUCGAACCUCAACCAGCCUGCGCAGGGGAAUAAGAAGAAGCUUGUCCUCGUCGCGGGCUCUGCGAUAGUCCUCUUGGCCAUGGUGGUCGCGGUGGCCGUCGGGGUCUCGCGACGCAAUAAUAGCAGCAGCUCAUCUAGCGAUGCCGAGCUCACAACCACGUCGAAGGCCAUUCGGGCCAUCUGCCGUCCCACCGACUAUGCGGAAGAAUGCCAGAGCUCCCUCGCUGCCAGGGCGGGCAACGUUACCGACCCCAAGAAGCUCGUAGAGCUGUCGUUCACCUCGGCGAUGGACAGCCUACGUGAAGCCUUCAACCACUCAUCCGUCCUGCAGGAGGCCGCGAAAGACCCGAGGACGAGCGAAGCCCUCGAGAACUGCAAGGAGCUGCUCGAUUACGCCAUCGACGACCUCAAGAACUCGGUGGCCAGGUUCGGAGGGGUCGAUAUGGCGAAGAUGAGCGACGUGGUCGACGACCUCAAGGUCUGGCUGAGCGCCACGAUCACCUACCAGCAGACAUGCCUCGACGGGUUCGAUAACACCACGGGGGACGCUGCCGACAACAUGAGCAAGGCGUUGAACAGCUCGUCCGCCCUGACGAGCAACGCUCUCGCCAUCAUCGAUGGGAUAUCUUCCGUCCUGGCCUCUUUCCAACUCUCCUCCCUCGGCAGGCGGCUGCUGUCGGAUGACGAAGGGGAGCGCGGCGAGUUCCCCUCCUGGGUCGGCAACGACAAGCGGAAGCUUCUGGCGCUCUCAACGAAGGAUAUAAAGCCGGACGUGACGGUGGCUCGGGACGGGAGUGGAAAGUACAAGACCAUCACCCAAGCUCUUAGCGCGGUGCCCAAGAAGGGCAAUGCCACCUUCGUGAUCUACAUCAAGGAAGGCGUGUACAAGGAGAACGUGAUGGUGGAGCGAAGCAUGACCAAUGUCAUGAUGUUCGGCGACGGCCCGACCAAGACGAAGAUCACCGGAAGCUUAAACUACGUCGAUGGCACGUCAACCUUCAAGACAGCAACCCUCGCGGUGGUCGGCGACGGGUUCAUCGGCAAGAACCUGGGAGUGGAGAACACGGCGGGCGCGGCGAAGCACCAGGCGGUGGCCCUGCGGGUGCAGUCGGACAAGUCGGUCUUCUAUCUGUGUCAGAUGGACGGCUACCAGGACACGCUUUACACCCACACCAAGCGGCAGUUCUACAGGGAGUGCACCAUCUCCGGCACCAUCGACUUCCUGUUCGGCGACGCCGCCGUCGUGUUCCAGAACUGCCUGAUGCUCGUGAGGAAGCCCAUGGCAAACCAGCAGUGCAUCGUCACUGCGCAGGGCCGCAAGGACCGGCACGAGGCAACCGGCAUCGUCCUCCACAACUGCACCAUCAGCGCGGACCCGACGCUCUCGUCGGCCAGCACCACGACACGGAGCUACCUCGGCCGACCGUGGAAGGAGUACUCGAGGACCAUAAUCAUGCAAUCGCAGAUCGACGGCCUCAUCAACGAGGACGGGUGGCAGCCAUGGGUGGGGGACUUCGGCCUGAAAACCUGCUUCUACACCGAAAUCGGCAACCGUGGCCCAGGGGCGGCGACGGCGAAGAGGGUGACAUGGAAAGGGUACAAGAAGGUCGACCUGACGCACGCGCACAAGUACACAGUGCAGCAGUUCAUCCAAGGGAAGACAUGGCUUCCGAAAACCGGCGUUCCAUUUACUCCUGGAUUGAUGUAG